UAAUAUAGCAAAAAAAAUCUUGUGGAAUUUUUAUCAAAAGUAUCAUAGCAACAAUAUAGAAUGCACAUAUUUAUUAAUAGGUCAUCUAAAGGAAAAAGGAAUACAUGUGGAGUGUCCACAAGCCAAUCAUGGAUCUGCAAUUACUUGCCACUGUUGAUUCUGGUGAUGUAAAAUAUAGUGCGAUAAAAUUUGAUGCCAAAAUACGAAGUGAUGAAGAAAUGCAAUUAUUACGUUGGGGUUCAGCUGCUAAACAAGCUACAGUAGAAAAUGUGUUAGAUCUUAAGUCUACAGAUUCGACAAAUCCGUGUAUGACAAAAAAGAAUACCACUAAAAAGAUAUCACCACAAAGAGAGAAUUUAGUGAAAAAGGGAAGUUUGAAUCAUUUCUUUGAUAAGUUAAUAGUUCCUUCAAAAUCUGUAGAAAUAACGUCAUCCGAAAAGAAAGAUAAUAAUGCCAGAAAAGACUUUAUUGAAGAAAAAGUAAUUAGAGAAAACAAGAAUUUACUUGAAAGAAAGUGGAACAGAAGCAAGGAAACAGAUGAAAUAGCUAAGAAACGGAAGAGAACUAUUACACAGAAUGAUUCCAGCGAUUCAGAGAUACAAAAUGAUGUAGAGAUGAAAGAAUCAUUUCCUCAAACAGAGCCAGAAACUCUUGUAAAAUCAAAAAAUCUUGUUUUAGAAAAUAAGAAAGAAAAAGAAGAAACAAGGAAAAAAAAGAAGAAAGCAGAGACUAAAAAACAUGAUAUAGCGGAAUCUUUUGAUCAUUCCUUAAAUACUUUAGAAGACAUAGAUCCCUAUGAACCGAGAAUAAACACGGAUAGUAAACCGCAACAGAUACAGAAGGCAAGGAAAGCAUUUGUGCGUCCUAGAUAUUACUCUACAGAACUUGGGAUCAGAGAGAAGUUGUUUGUGGGAAUUAUAACAAGCCGUGAGCACUUGCAUAGCAGGGAUGUAGCGCUGAAUAAAACGAUCGCACAUAUAGUAGAUAAAAUUCGCUACUUUAUAUCCAUACCAGAAGGGACCAAACCAAAUGUCUCUUUCCCUGGAAUAGUGGGAUUUACUGACACAAGGAGCAUCCUGAAGCCUUUCCAUGCCCUGAAAUAUAUCGUUGAUAAUUAUUUAGAAAGUUAUGAUUAUUAUUUUCUGACUAAAGAUGUAAAUUACAUAAAUGCAAGAAGUCUAGUGGAGUUUGUAAAUAAAAUAACUGUGAGCCAGAACAUUCACAUGGGCAUUCAAAGCGAAAUCGAUACCUACUGUUCUUUAGAAUCCGGUAUACUUUUGAGCAAUUCUGUUAUACGAGAAAUGAAAAACAAUCUAGACUGGUGCGUUAAGAAUGCAUAUUCGGAUUCAGACGACGUUAAUUUUGGUCGUUGUAUUCUGCAUUCCACUUCUAUGCCUUGUACUAAUCACAUAGAGAGACGAAACUUGACGUUUGUACAGUUGAAAUCCACAUUUAAUUUUGAGAAGGACUUCGCCCAGUUGACUGAGCAAAAUGAAUUUCAGAAUUCAGUCUCUAUAUAUCCUGUCUACGAUCAUAAGCUCAUUUAUAAAUUUAACAUGUAUUUUACCGCAAUAAAUUCUAUUAAAGUUCACAAACAGAUUAGUGAUAUACGUAAAGUAAUAUCCGCGACUGCACAUUUAGGCCCGCCAAAUCAACGUAAUAUAUCAUGGCCCAUUGGAAAUCAACCUGGAAAUCGACCUUUAGGACGUUUUGAUGUUUUGCGCUGGUCAUACUUCAAUAUGUCUCAUGUCUUCUUUGAGACUGACUUCAUUAACAUUCAAGAAUUAAAGGGCGAUACAAAAACUGAUAUAGAUAAUGUAAUAAAUACAGCUGUGAACAAUAUUAUAAGCAAAUAUGAUAACAAACUAAGUUUCGUCAGAUUGUUGAAUGGCUACUUAAAAUUCGACGCGUCCAGAGGAAUGGAUUAUAUACUCGACUUAGUAUUUAACGAAGUAGCCACAAGUAAGGAAAUAAGAAAGCGAAUCGAAAUCUGCAAGCCAUUAGGAAAAGUAGAAAUCAUACCUGUACCCUAUGUGACUGAAAAUACAAGGAUUAAUAUAAUUAUCACUAUCGAUCUGAGCAAAAAGCAAGAUGCGGUAAAUUUUAUCGAACACUACUCACAAAAUUGUAUGGAAAAGAAAUGCAAAACCUAUCUUAUGGUGGUCCUCUUAUAUAAUUCAGAUUCACCAUCGAAAGGCAAAGGUGAUGUCUAUCUCGAUGUAAAAACGUAUAUAUCAAUGCUGAACGAGAAAUACAAAAAGGACCAAUCUAAAAUUACUUGGCUUUCAAUACGAUUACCAGUUAACGUAACUUCCGUAGAUUUGGACCCGAUGUUAAAAAUUGCCGUGACUGACUUAUGCGCGAAAAAGUUUUCAUCAGAAAGUCUGGUUCUUCUUGUAGAAACAGGAACGAAAUUGAAAAUAGAUUAUUUAAACAGAGUUCGAAUGAACACUAUUAAUCGCUAUCAAAUAUUCAGUCCGAUCCCGUUCAUUGAAUAUCAUCCUGAUAUAAUUUAUGCGGACGAAGCAGCAGCUCAUGACGAAGUGGACGUCAAUAGCAAUUAUGGCAAAUACGAUGAGCAAAAUUAUAACAAUAUUGCAUUUUACAUUAAAGAUUAUAAUGCAAUGCGGCAAACGGUUGAGGCGAACAUUCCGUUAGUGCGAUCGGAUAAGGAUAUUGCUACUCUGCUAAAACUUUCUAAACACAGCCCGGUAGCUUCUUUGUUUGAAAUGUACGUGUCAUUUAGCGAUAUGCAUGUGUUUCGCGCGAUAGAACCAACACUGAAGAUAAAAUACAAAGAUGUCAAUUGCGAUGACGUUUCCAAUGACAAUAUUUAUAAAAAUUGCCUUAAAUUAAGGAACAAUCAUUUGGGUAAACGUAGUCAACUAGCUAGAUUGAUAUUAGAUUAUCAGAGCUAUCAAACAUAA